AGAUCAGUUCCAAGAACAAAAGUGGCACGCAGCCCUAAGUGUUUAUCCCUUCUCCACACGCCCUCCACCUGCAUUCUUCCUAUCGCUGAGAACGACGACCGCUACGUUCCUUUCUCACUGGUUCUUCCCAUAACGGCUUCCAUUUCCAGGCUCAACUCCCAAUCCUUAUCCCAUAAUUCUCUUAUUGUCGUCAUCCUGAUAGCCAUUCGUAUAUAAUGGCUUCGGCCUCAGCAUCUGCGCUGCUCAGAGCUUCAAGAGCAAGGUUAUUAUCACCUUCCUUUUGCUCCAGAGCCUUUCCCGGUUCUUCUCCGAAGCCGUCCUCACUCUCGUUCGCCACCACUUAUAGUUCUCUCAGUGGUUCCUCUGCCUUUCGAUCGGUUUCUCGCUGGAGCCACGGUGUCGACUGGCGUUCUCCUCUCAGUCUUCGUGCUCAGAUCAGAGCCGCUGCUCCUGUGAUUGAACGUUUUCAUCGUAAAUUCUCCUCCAUGGCUGCCCAAAAUCCUUUCAAGGAAAAUUUAACGAGUCUUCCAAAGCCUGGCGGUGGAGAAUUUGGAAAGUAUUACAGUCUACCAUCUCUGAAUGAUCCGAGAAUUGAUAAGUUGCCUUACUCCAUCAAAAUAUUACUUGAAUCUGCAAUUCGGAACUGUGACAAUUUCCAAUUGAAAAAGGAAGACGUGGAGAAAAUUAUUGAUUGGGAAAAUAGCUCUCCAAAGCAAGUUGAAAUUCCUUUCAAACCUGCUCGUGUCCUACUGCAGGAUUUUACUGGGGUACCAGCGGUUGUUGAUCUUGCCUGUAUGCGUGAUGCCAUGAACAAACUUGGCAGUGAUUCCAAUAAAAUAAAUCCCCUGGUUCCUGUAGACCUUGUAAUUGACCAUUCAGUUCAAGUUGAUGUAGCAAAAUCAGAAAAUGCAGUCCAGGCCAAUAUGGAUCUUGAAUUCCAAAGGAACAAGGAAAGAUUUGCUUUCCUAAAAUGGGGGUCUAAUGCAUUCCAGAAUAUGCUUGUUGUUCCUCCUGGAUCUGGUAUUGUGCAUCAGGUCAAUUUGGAAUAUCUUGGAAGAGUGGUUUUCAACACUGGUGGUCUGCUCUAUCCAGAUAGCGUGGUUGGAACUGAUUCUCACACAACAAUGAUUGAUGGUUUGGGGGUUGCUGGUUGGGGUGUUGGAGGUAUCGAGGCAGAGGCUGCAAUGCUUGGACAGCCAAUGAGCAUGGUAUUGCCUGGUGUUGUUGGGUUCAAGUUAUCUGGAAAAUUACGAAAUGGGGUCACUGCUACUGACUUGGUUUUGACUGUAACACAAAUGUUGAGGAAGCAUGGUGUUGUUGGAAAAUUUGUAGAGUUCUACGGGGAUGGCAUGGAGGAACUAUCGUUAGCUGACCGAGCCACAAUAGCAAAUAUGUCUCCUGAGUAUGGUGCGACUAUGGGGUUCUUCCCGGUGGAUCAUGUUACCUUGCAAUAUCUCAAGUUAACUGGAAGAAGCGAUGAAACUGUGUCGAUGAUUGAAGCUUACCUCCGGGCAAAUAAAAUGUUUGUCGACUAUAAUGAGCCUCAACAAGAAAGAGUGUAUUCAUCUUACCUACAAUUAGACCUUGCGGGUGUAGAGCCAUGCAUUUCAGGUCCAAAAAGACCCCAUGAUCGCGUGCCUUUGAAAGAGAUGAAGUCUGAUUGGCAUGCUUGCCUUGAUAACAAAGUUGGGUUUAAGGGAUUUGCUAUACCAAAAGAAGCACAGGAAAAAGUGGCGAAGUUUUCAUUUCAUGGACAGCCAGCUGAGCUGAAACAUGGUAGCGUUGUUAUCGCAGCUAUAACAAGCUGUACCAACACGUCAAACCCUAGUGUUAUGUUAGGCGCUGCUCUUGUAGCUAAAAAGGCUUGUGAACUUGGUUUACAGGUCAAGCCAUGGGUGAAGACAAGUCUUGCACCGGGCUCCGGAGUUGUGACAAAAUACUUAUUGAAGAGUGGACUACAGCCAUAUCUAAAUCAGCAGGGCUUCCAUAUAGUUGGCUAUGGUUGUACAACCUGUAUCGGUAAUUCUGGGGAUUUGGAUGAAUCAGUAUCUGCUGCUAUAUCCGAGAACGAUAUUGUUGCAGCUGCUGUGCUCUCUGGGAACCGGAAUUUUGAGGGUCGUGUUCAUCCACUGACCAGAGCGAACUACCUUGCUUCACCUCCCUUGGUGGUGGCUUAUGCCUUAGCUGGCACGGUUGAUAUCGACUUUGAGAAGGAUCCAAUUGGAAAAGGGAAGGAUGGAAAGGAUGUCUAUUUCAGAGACAUCUGGCCUUCUACAGAAGAAAUAGCCGAGGUUGUUCAAUCCAGUGUAUUGCCUGACAUGUUCAAAAGUACUUAUGAAUCUAUCACAAAAGGAAACCCAAUGUGGAACCAACUUUCAGUCACUGCUGGCACCCUGUAUUCAUGGGACCCCAAGUCCACCUAUAUUCAUGAACCACCCUACUUCAAGAAUAUGACCAAUGACCCUCCAGGAGCACAUGGUGUUAAGGAUGCUUACUGCCUGUUGAACUUUGGAGAUAGUAUUACUACAGAUCACAUUUCCCCUGCAGGAAGCAUCCACAAGGACAGUCCUGCGGCAAAGUACCUUCUUGAGCGUGGAGUGGAUCGUAAGGAUUUCAAUUCUUAUGGAAGUAGGCGUGGCAAUGAUGAGGUGAUGGCAAGGGGUACUUUUGCCAACAUUCGCCUUGUUAACAAGCUUUUAAAUGGUGAAGUUGGUCCCAAGACCGUUCAUGUUCCCACUGGAGAGAAACUUUAUGUCUUUGAAGCAGCAGAAAGAUACAAGUCAGCCGGUCAAGACACCAUUGUGCUGGCUGGGGCUGAGUACGGAAGUGGAAGCUCUCGGGAUUGGGCUGCCAAGGGUCCAAUGUUAUUGGGAGUUAAAGCUGUUAUUGCCAAAAGCUUCGAGAGAAUUCAUCGUAGUAACCUGGUUGGAAUGGGUAUCAUCCCACUUUGUUACAAGUCUGGUGAAGAUGCUGAUUCACUUGGCUUGACUGGACAUGAACGUUACACAAUUGACCUCCCAACCAACAUCAGUGAGAUAAGGCCUGGCCAAGACUUGACUGUCACUACUGAUUCUGGAAAAUCUUUCACCUGCACUGUUCGCUUUGACACUGAGGUGGAGCUGGCCUAUUUCAAUCAUGGAGGUAUCCUUCCGUAUGUUAUUCGAAAUCUCAUUAAGCAGUGAGGAACAUGUGGAGUAGCUAAUUUAGCAGCAGCAAUGGCGUGAGAACUCGUCCUUUUUGUAUUCCCCAUUUUCAUUAAUAAGAAAACGAAACUCCCGUGUGGGACUCAAUUUUUUUAAUAGAGAGCGAUCUAUAAAGCACAGCAGGUUUGCCUGUCUAAAAACUUUCGAGGUUGUAGUUAUUAUUUACGAUUAUUCUCAUCUGGCAGCAUCUAUCCUGUCGCUGUAUCAUAAUCACCCUUUUUUUAUUCUAAUAUGAUCCUACUAGUGGUUGGGUACUA